AUGGCAGCUUCCCUAUUGCCAGACGAAAUAUGGGGCCUUGUGAUCCAACAUUUGGAUUUAGAAUCACUGGUCAACAUAGGAGAUACCUGUCGUUACUUACAUGCCCUGAUUGAUGACUCAGAAGCCAUAUUACGCUCUGCUGUUGCGGAUGUUGCACCCUGGGUGGAGCUAGGUGUUGAUGGCUUGGAAGCCAAUACCUGGCGACAAUGUGCACGUUUUGUUUUCGAGCAACAAAAACAAGCACGUGAAGUGCCAAACGAAUCUUUCGAUGACAUUUACUUUGAGGUUCUCGAAGAUGCCAGUUCCAAGCCGUCAAAAGUUCAGUUAAUUGAUGUGACCACUGUCGACAGGUUACCAGAGGAUUUUGAGCCUAUUUUUGAAAAGACGACCAUGAAACUUGGAGGAACGGGCGUGGAAGUGGACAUGAAGACGCUCGGGUUCAGUUAUAUUUCGGAGCCAGAGCACAAGAUGUGUGAGCAAAAGUACGGCGUGGACGUUUAUGCCAGUCUGGGGUUUGCGGAGUUCCACUGCUUGGAAUACAGCAAUUCGUCAGAGCUGUUGAUUGUGGAAAAGUGCAGCAAGGGGGCAUUGAUGAAGUGGAAGGAUGGGGUUGUCGAUGUUGAUAACGCCUACGUAUUCCAAUUCUUGGGUACAUGCAGUGAUGUCCAGGUCUUGCCCAAUGCCAUGUUGUGUUUAGAGCUCUAUGAGGAUCAUCAAGCGAGUAUCAGUUAUGUGGAUCAUACAAGACGCAAGCAGAUACAGGUUUUGGAGUGGAUCAGUGACUAUAUGUGGUUUAUGACAUUGCAAUAUCAUGGUUAUCUGUGGAUUGGUUUUGGAGGACAUCUGGUGCCAUUCUUUUUCGACAUCAACAGCACCAAGGUGCGGUUUGUGACUGACAGGACGUUGGUGGGAGGAUAUGAGGAGUUCACGCUUCCAACUCAAGGCAAAGGAGUGUAUAAGCGUUAUGUUGCCUACGGUAUUACUAACGGUAUUUUCUAUGACAUGGCUUCUGGGGACACGGUCUGUUAUGAUGAGCCAUCGUUACCCCGUACAGGAAAUUUCUUUGCAGGUACAUCUCAAGGCAAACUUCAAUUUUUCAGGAUAUCCCCUGAACGCAUCGUCAGUCUCGAAAACCAGUUUAAUGCCAAAAAGGAUCAUCUUGAUGAAGGUGUUUCAAGUCAGUGGUUCUUGUCCUAA